AUUAUAAGGAAAUUCUUGCAUUAAAUGACAUAUUUGAUUUUAUAAAUACUACAAAUUCUUCUCAAUUAAUAUCACAAAUUAAUAUCCCCACACAGGAUAUACAAUUAAUAUAUGAUAUAACUAAUUUAACCACAUAUCAAAAUCAACUUUCUCAACUCUAUUCUCUUAUUCAAAACCUCGCUUCACAAGAGCUUCAUUUUCAUACUGAUGCCUCAAUUCAAAAUCUACAAUCACCAAAUAUUAAAUCUGGUAUUGGUUGGAUUUGUGAAAAUAAUUUGUCUAUUAAAUUUAAUGCAGCUACUAUUCCCUAUCCAGACACAACACGUGCUGAACUAGAAGCAAUUAUCUCUCUUCUUCUCGCAACUCCCAAUAAUACUCAUAUACAUAUUCACCUAGACAAUAAGACAGCAAUUAAAAACUUAAAACAAAA